AUAAAAAGGGUAAAUAAGGAGAUUUAUAUGACAAUGAAUCCUACAAAAAGUUGUUGAUGGAUUGAUCCACAUAAUCUACACACCAUAAAAGUUGUAUACCAGGGUACUGAACGUCUAAAUAUCUGUUAUCUCACCCGGAAAGGGAUACAGAAAUUAAUGUACAACAUCUCUUGCUAAUUUGAUCAUUUGAAGAUGUAAAGUAGUUAGAACUUGGCAGUUGACAGAUCGUCUUUGGUUAAUCAACAUUACAUGCAGCAGCAACUGCCCUUGGAAGGUUUUGCAUCCCUUCUUUCGUAUAAUCUCCUUCUGCCUUAAAUUUAUUGGUUUCAUAGCUCUGUUAGUGCAUGGAGGAAGGUGCUCAGACUCUUAUCUGUUCUUCCUUGAGCUGAAGAACAACUGGUCUUUGGUUGUUUCCAAAAUCCUGUCCUUUAAGUAAGGGGUGCUUCUCAGCAACUACCUUGUGCGGUUUUAACUGUGCUGCAUUGUUAGCAGUGGAAUGGCUGCUGUUUCUGGCUGCUGGGACAUCAUGAUUGUGUUUUCCUUCAUAUGUAGUUAUGACAGCCUUGGGAUCUGUUGAAGCUCUCUCAACAUGCUUCCGAACGUUGCAUCCUGCACUUGUGCAUUUAUAAUAGCUCCUGUUUAUAAAAAGAAAAUACAGCCACCAGAGUCAGAUGAGACACUCAAAAGAGGUAGUAAUAACAAGUGACUAAAAAACGAAAAAUUUGAUGGCAUUGGAAUCUCAUUUACAAAAACAUAAACUGUGUAAUUUCGUGAUGAAGGUAUGGAAAUCAUGAAAUAGAAGUAAAAGCAGCAGAUGAAGGAAGAUGUUAAUACCUCUGUUAGACAUGAAAGGCAUGUGGUACAAUUAGGAGCAGUAUCUGAAAUGUCUGAAUAAUUAACCAAUUAUGAUAUCACUGGUUUACUGAUUGUUGCAGGCCCCCAGACACUUAGAGAUAAAGAAAUUCGGAUUCAAUUUGAUGAAAUGAUGUUAGUUAUGAGUUAUGACCAGAGAUCCUUUGACUGUACCAAACCCACUUAAUUUUGCAACAUAUAUAAGUAAAAAGGACAAACUGUGACCAUGAACAGAAACGUAGGCCCCUACGCAACUGAGAUACAAUAGGUCAAAAUAAAUGGAGUAGGAAUACUGCUUCAACAUAAGGCUUAUAGAAUUCAGCAAGAGAAAAUAAUACAUUACACAUGAA